GAAAAGUGUCACAAGUUAGCCUCUGGUUUAUUCUUACAUCCUUGCUGCUCCGGAUUCCUUUCGCAUGUGCUGACAGUUUGCUCAGGCCAUGAGCUCCUCAGAGACCCCGCAGCCUCUCCUGGAACAACUCCAGUGUUUGGUGCAGAGAGUCAAUGUCCAGCAGGCCUAUCAGGAACGUAUUAUGUAGUGUCUGCAGGAACUUUCCUCCCAGUUGGAUCAGCUGCAGGUUGUGUCCCCUUCCUCACCCUCUUUCGGCUCCUGCUCCGGUUCCUGCUGCUCCACCCCCCGCUGUUCCUCCAGUGGAACACAGUCCUUCGAAACUCCAGCUGCCUCCACCAUCUCGCUUCUCUGGUGAUCCCUAGUUUGCCUGUCUAUAUAAGAUAUGCUCAGUCUAGCCCACUUUGCCUGAGCAGCUUCCUAGUUGUC